AUGAUAUUGAGGAACGAAGUUGCCCUCUUGAAACCUCAGGCUCCCAAGAUUGAGGGAGGCCUUGGGAUUUUCGGUUUUGCGGUUUUGGCUAUUUUUUAGAUCGGUUUUUCGGUUUUGGUGUUCAUUGCGGUUUGCGCAUUUUCCGUUUUAGCUUUUGGUUUUCGGUUUUCGCGAAAAAUACUAACGGGUUUUCGGAUUUGAUAUCCGAUGCGAUUUUCGGUUUUUCCCUAUUUGACCUAUUUGAGUUCCGGUUUCUCUUCGAUCUGAGCGGCAAUUACGCGCCUCCACCAAUCUCGAAUAGCCGCUAAACGCAAAUGUUAUCGAGAGGAAUGCGUGACAAACCAAUUGAAAUAUCGCGGGGAUCGCUAGGUAGCCUGCGUGUAGCCUUACCCUACCCCUUCCCUAAGGUGGGGGAAGGGGGAGAGGGGAGGGUACGGCUACACGUCGGGUACGGCUAAGCACGGAACGUUGCCAGAGUUUCUUUAUCAACGCCACCUCGAAGUUGGUGACCAAGUUACAGGCUAUACGUGACAGAUUGACUCAACAUUCCAGUAGAAUCUCCAAACUUUCAGGUCUUAGUUCGCAAAUGGAAAUGUUACAUUAGGUAUUUUUCGAUGAAACUUUCCAAAGCUACGGCUUUUUGCGACUGCAAAAUUGCAAUCCUGUCGAGGACUUUUGUGCGAAUUUCCUUAAUUUAACUAGGCUCCAUUACCAGAUGCUGAGUUCGUAGAGACCACGCUCGAGUUCCUUGAGAGAGCAGCUGUUAAUUUAAGCAGAUACUAGAAGAUACGAAUGCCAGGUCCAUGGUAUUUAUAAAUCCUUUCAUGAAAUUAGUGUAGUUUACUCUGUAUGCUCCACUUGUCACCACUGUUUCGGAUCGAUCAGGGAUUUAAUAAAUGGGAUGUGAAAAUGUAUCUGUUUUGACAGUUUUACAUGCGGUUUCCGGUUUUGAUCGAAUUUUUUUUUUCGGUUUUUCGGUUUUGGAUGAUUUUUUCUACGGUUUUGCAGUUUCUAAUGGGCCCCAAUGCCCCCCUCAAAAUUGUAAGUAGUGUGUCUUACGAAAAUAUUCUGAUAGAUUCAACCCUUAUGAAACAUUUCGUUGGCCUGAAAUCUUCGCAGUUUGAAGUUCUUCAUAGUCUACUUGACGAUGUUUCCCCUUUCGCAGCAAACCGUUUU